GAGUACUCCGAUGCUUGGCAGACUCCGCCUUGCUACCCUGCAGGACGCCUCGGACAUAUUUGAGCUCUGCAACGAAUCUAUGGCGAAGAAUUUCCGCAUACGUCAAGUGUUUGAUAUAAUUGUCCUUAUAGAGACUUGCACGCUAUCAAUUGUUCAACUCAAUGACAAUAACGCAAUCGUGGGGUUUCUGGCCGCAAAAGACCACCCUUUACUACCCUCGGUCCACCCAUCUGCAUGGGAACACUAUAUCUGGACUAAAUACAAAACUAUAGAAAUGACUGCUCGGAAUAGCCACUUCCUCCAUCUUCUUUGUUGGAGCAAGCCCUACGGGCGUGAAGUAGUGGACAGCCUACUGAAAAGUUUGUUCAUGCACGACUCCUACCUGAUGAACGUUGCUUUCAUCAAGUGCAUGCCUAAAUAUCCAAUGCUAAUGCCAGGACAAAGUCGCUGCGAGGCUUCUUUUCGACGAGUAUCUGCGGCGGAGCGCGGGUUGCCACCCGAUCUAGUGCCUUCGCUCUGGUUGGCUGAGCGUUCAGAAGUGUGCCCGAGGCUCAGGGUGCGAAGGGCGGUCGAGGAGGACAACGACGAUUUAGUUCCAAUAAUCGACCAGCAUUCCAAGCGCCUACGGGAAAUGUACGGCGAGUUCUAUAUCAGUGAAUUGAUAUCGCGGCAUCCAGAAUCUGAACGGGUUCUUUUAGUCGGAGAGCGUCAGGAAUUGGCAGUCGGAGUGAUGAUCCUCAAUACAAUGAUCAACUUCGAGUCUUUGGAGGAGAGCUUCGAUCUCUCUCCUUUCGCAGGACUCCGUCAUUUGGAGGGCAACCCUGUUGUUCAAUACGUCAACUCUUCCGCAGAAAUGACCUUAAACUGGGGCUUGAGCGGCGAGGUUACACAAUGUGAAUCCGAUGAGGUGAUCUUCGAGCUGCCGAUGGUGGAUAACGAUGACGACCUAGUAGAUUACGACAUAGUAAACAUCACCAAUGAACUGAUGCGGAUACCUAGGCCGCUCUCCGUGGAACUCAAUAUAGUCUUCGAGCUGAAGUCGGAUAAGACCCUGCAAGUCACCACGUUGGCCACUCAAGAUCUUGAAAAUAAUAUCCAUAAGUCGAAACAAGUAUCACCCGACAAAGUUCGUCCACGUCCUGCGUUUGAAAUCGUACGCUACCCGGGAACCCCGAACGCUUUUCUGUUAGAAGUGUUUGCGAUGCAUCAAGAUUACGACGAAAGAUAUGGUUACGACAUUCUGCAGACAGCGUUUGAGGUGUUUCCCGACAGAGAUUAUUGUGUGUUGUGUCUCCCAUCCAACCAACCGGCAUUUCCUCUCCUCGAACAUUUUACGCUAGUUACACCCAAACAUUACCGGGAGAAAUACACUAACCAAUCCCUCUAUGUGGCCCAUGUUAACUCUGUACGCGAGAGCGUGGCAGUUCGUCCAGCUGAAGCGUUCGACUUCCCAUCCAUAGCUCACAUCCUUGAACACGUACACGACAAACAGAACAUACUUCGGCUCCUGGAGAAGAGUCUCGUAUCGGACGAGUUGGACGCCUAUGUGCUGUUGAGCCAGCGUCAGGCCCUUGGAGUGGUUAUACUCGAGUCUCUAGAUAAUUGUGUUGGGGUCCGAACGCAGUAUGACUUAGAGCCUGAGCCCAGAAGCGCGGGCACCGACGGCGCGAUCAUUGCAGGGGUACUCUCACCAGCCUUGGAACCCCACGCGCGCUGGUAUCUCCGCGACCUCAUACGCCAUUCAAAGUUCUACCACCUAUUCUGGCCGAGCCAGCUGAAUAAAACUGGCAAGUAUUCAAGCCGAAACAUAAUGUCGCUGGCAGGACGAAUGGUUCCCAUCGUGCCGUACCGCCAUCCCGUGCCUAAUAUAACCGGGAUCAAAUAUCUGGAUAAAGUGAGGAAUUCAACGAAAAAUUGCGCAUUGUUUGGCAUUGAAACGCAUUUGACAGCGUUGCCUAAAGUGGACGUGAACCAUGGAAUUGUGGUCGUUGGUGCCAGUCGGACUGGCUUGGCCUUUAUCGAAACUCUACUGAUGGGUCCCGCAUCCCGUUACCUGACAUUUACGAACAUAACCCUUGUAUCCGAGCAUGGUCUUCCGAUGCUGUGUGAGUGUAUUCCAGGGGCAGAGACCUGCGUCCCCAGAAGUGGUCGAUACACGGAUCGAUAUCUGAAGAGCCUCCCGUUGUAUUACUACGUGGACUGUAUUACUGGCGUUAUGGUGGAGAUUGAUAGACAGAAGAAAUUCAUCCGGCUGCAAGGCGGAGCGGUGAAGUUCUAUGACGAGCUGGUAUUGACAUGCGGCCAGCAAUUUCAACAUCCGGAUUAUUUGGCUGAGUCUUUCGCACAUAGCAAAAAGAUGAGUAAGGGCAAGCCGUGUGAGAGGAUAUUGAUGGACAACCCCAAGUACCGGCCAGACAAAGUGCCGCCGCGGCCCGACUUACCCGAAAACGUGUUCCUGAUUAACUCUAUGCACGAAGCCAACAUUUGCUUGAGAAUGCUGAUGUCUAUGAUCAAUGCAGGCCGCGAACACUUAAGCGCCAAGAAUCGGGUAAUUGUGUACGGAGACCACCUGGAGUCCUACAGCACUAUGGCGGCUCUACUUGAACUAGGCAUCACUCCUAACGAGAUCGCCUUCGUGGAAUCAUUCCCGCCUGUUGACCGCAACGUGAUGAGAGUGAACUGUUUUAACGAUGAAGUGAUUGAUGAAAGAGUACAAGCUAGCUUAGACAAUUUGGGAAUUUACGUAUACCGUGAAUGUCACUUCGUAAGCUGGCAGACGCAGGGCACUCGCAUCACCAGCCUGGACGUUAUGUCGCCGCUCCACAGGAUCUCCAUACCGUGCUUCGCUCUUUUUUAUUACGGCUUGAAGGCUAUUAACUAUUAUGCUUUUAAAGCGAUUAGUGAAUGCGGACUAGUAUACGACGGUGGCUUAGUGGUUGACACGAAGUUCAAGACCAAUGAUGCCCACGUAUAUGGCGCGGGUACCUGCGUUCAGUACUCGAGACGGUUGCGCGCUGACCGCCAGUUGCAUCGUGAACGUUGCUCCGAGGACGUGGGCGAGGCACUUGCGAAUAUAUUCCUGCGUCAAAUGGACCCCUUCGUGAUGGCGGACCCGGAAUCGGAUCUUUCGGAUCCCAUGCCGAGAUACAGAUCGAGCUUACUGAACUGCUUCCCUCAUCCAAGUAUAACUUUAUUUCGUAGGUGGGAACCUGUGAUGGAAUUUGUAUCGCCUCUUUUACUUGCGGCUACUUUCCCGGGCCCACUGUAUUAUUUGCACCUGAAGUCGCCUGGUGUGGUCAUACCGAUGGAAGUCGGACUGACCCUACCUCAUCAAGGCCAUUCGCUGAACACGGACAAGGACGGGAACUAUUUCCAACUGCGACUUGACGAGUUUCAUUGCAUAGAUGGCGCCACAUGCCUUGCCAAAAAGGUUCCUUGCUACGAUAUACUCGCUCAAAUUCACGGAAUGCAUGAGUCACUGUUCAACAACUUGCUUGCUAGAUAUAUGAUGAACAAGAUCGACGAUUUUUACGAGUUCUUUAUGCAGCCGUGGAUGUCGGCAUUGUACCAGGAGACGUUCGGGAACCUACUCGGACAUAUUUGCCAACAAAAUGUUGGGACGGAUGCGCCAAAUCUUGGUACAGUCCGCUCAGUAAUAGAAAGGUUCAUUCCCAUUUCUACCGCGAUGAACGAGGGCUUAAGGAAACACCUCCCGUCGGAGUGUGGUCAAAGUACAAUAAUGCGUAACGACGCGAGGGCAUUUUGGAACGCGUUGGGCGGCGACCGCAUCGUGACGGCGCACCUCGCUCACUAUCUCGACCGCAACCGGGUGUUGAACCCGCAGUACGCCACCAUCAAGACUGAUCUUAUCUAGGAUAUGCGCUGUUCCAAGGAAGACUACAAACGAACAAA